AUGGCUAAAGUUGCGGAUACGCAGAUUCAGAGACUGGGAAUCAAGGCGUUCCUAAAGUCAGACGUCCUACACCGAAGCGCAGCUGCGCGCCUGCUUCGUGCUUGGGCCGGCGCCGACCGAGAGCUCUAUGGAUCCAUCAUCCCCGACAACCUGACCGAGUCAUCCGAGUCCCAGCUGCUUUGCCGCCAGCGCUACAGGAGCGGCCCCAGCCAUGCCUUCGGAGCUUCGACAUCGCAUCUGUUGCCAGGCUUUGCCGCUUUUCCUGCCUGUGACUCCCUGGAAGCUUCGAAGAAAGGUUGCCACCUUGUGGUCACGGCCAUGCCCAUCGGUUCCAGGAAACGAGAGGAAUGA